CAGUUGCGUACGGCCACGCGACCGGUUGUUCGGUGCGCGUGUUCGCGCCGCGAGUAAUUCUCGGUUCUCUUAUCUGCGCGGUGGAAGGCGGGUGCGCUUAAAGACGAAUAUAGACCUGGCAUCUCGUCGACGCCGGUCGCGGAAUGGAGACCGUUUCUCUGUCCAAGGGAGUAUUUGCUCACAAGGGAAGUUACAAAAUUGGAAGGAAGAAAAGGAACGUUAAAUGCCCGGCGUAUCUCAAUGAACCAUGGUACAUCGCGUACAACGAAACGUGGGCAUAUAUCGAGCAGGCUGCCGAGAAUGUCAGAUCGAAAAUGUUCCAACAAGUUAUAUCCAAUUUGGAAUCCUUCGUGUCGAAAAUAAAAGCGACUCCAUUGAAUGUGUCGCCCCACGAAAUAGCGACGGCUAUUUUGUUAACAGGAGUGAAUGUCCCCGAUCAUACGACGCUUUUCGACACGACAGUGUCCAAGCUCGGUAAGAUCACGUCGCACUUAGCGGUGGUUUGGAGCAGAAAUUGCAACGGCGUGAAAAGCAUCAUCGAGGACACCGUGUAUCAAUUUCUUCGGGGCGCGACUUACAGAUCGGAAUUGAAUGAUGGUCCCGAAGUGCGUAAAAGCCAAUGCACCAUGCGUGUUUUAAAAAAGUCCUUUGCGGAGAACCACGAUCCCGAGGAUCCCUUAGUUGUAAUCCUGCCGGAUUUUGAAAGCUUCUCCACUAAUGUGUUACACGACUUCAUCCUGGUGUUGAGCUCGUACAGAAGCACACUCAAGUUCGUGCUUAUUUUCGGUGUUGCGACCACGUUGCAUAUCGUGCAUAAAUCAUUGACGUACGACGUUACAUCAAAGUUAGUGGUGCAGGUAUUCUACACACAGACGCAAGUGAAAACGCUGUCCGAUGUGUUGGAGGGUACUGUUUUCUCCACGAAGAUUCCGUUUAAACUGAUCGGCCGCGCGUUUCAAUUGCUGACCGACAUUUUUCUGUUUUACGACUUUUCGGUAGAUAACUUCCUACAAAAUUACAAGAUAUGCAUGAUACAACAUUUUUACGAGAACAAUGUAAGCUCCCUGUGCUGUCAACCGGAAGACAUUAAGGACAGAAUGUCCAAGCUCACUGACGAAAAUAUCGCGGAAAUUAAGAGUUUACCGUCCAUCGCUAAAUAUUUGAAAACGUCCAGUGAAAUGGCGAAUGGAGGUGAAGGGCUCGGCGAUGAAGAAUUCAUGAAACUGUUGGGGCAAUUGUUAAAUAAAUUUCAUGGAUUUAUGGAUCAAUUUUUAAUUGUUUUGAGAUGUUUGCACUGCCUGAUUGCGUCAUUGCCAGGCUCGCCGAUGGGCAAACAGUUGCGGGAGGUUUAUACCAGAGCGGUUUACACGAAUGACCUCACGGAAUCCACCGAAUACAAAGAGUGUCUGAAAUUACUGGGAUUUUUGUCGAAAGAGGAACUCCUCUCGAAACUCGAGUCUGUCGUAACAAUUGUCGAGGAGUCCAAAGAUCCGGAAAUGAAGAAAAUUAAGAUCACCCUCGACAAUCACAUCGCGGCGAUUCGAGAGGCUAGUUUAAGCACCACGGCGACUUCUUCCAAAAUCAUCACCGUGGAAGAGAAACUCAGUCGUAUGCAACUAAAGGAGAAAUUGCUCAAAAUGAGUCAGCAACAGUCGCGCUCCGCUUACAAGCAGGCGCAGUUUGACCUGAUCGAUUACCUGGACCGAAAAGUAUUCUCCGUUCAUCUGAUCGAUCCGAGUCGCGUGACGGCUCACGAGAUAUUUUGCUACGGCGACGGGAACCAGGCGAAGCAUCACAUUCGCGGCUCUUUGCGGGCCGCCAUGCACACGGGAUUGAGCGAUCCGCAGAUGUAUCUGGACUGCGACUGCUGCAAAUUGGAGAACGACGACGACAUCCCGCGCACGCUCCCCGAUCUGAGUAUAAUUUAUAAGCUGCACUUGGAGUCCAGGAAGCUGAUCAAUAUGUACGACUGGCUGCAGGCGUUCCUGACGAUCGUGGAUCCGCAGGCUCAGUCUACGGAGCAACGCGACGUGGAUCCGCAACUGCAAGCUCGGUUUACUCAAGCGGUCGCCGCUCUGCAGUUUCUCGGCUUCAUCAAGACUUCUCGAAGGAAGACGGAUCAUGUAAAGCGCCUUACGUAACAAUAAUAUCGCGCGUUUGAUUGUUUGCUCGGCUCGUCCGCGCGGCUUAUUACGUAUGCGCCGCCGUAUGAAUAUGUGUUCCUGAGUUAUUCUGUUUUUGUGCUAUUUAUACUAAUGAAUAAAUUAAUAUUGAAAUGAAUAUAUUUGAACGUUUUCCACCGGGCAAUUUAACUUUUUCAGUACGCCGAAGCAUGCGGGUGUGUUUGGCUUUUUUUUCGAAUUUUAACAUUACCGACAAAUUAAAAAACGAAUAAUGUAUUCGCCAUAGAGGUGGUAAUUUUAAAACGUUUUGUUUGGUUGUGCCAUGGAUUUCAAUUGAAUAAAAUAUAAGCAGAAAAUUAAA